AUGCCGUCGUUUCUGGGAGCUGAAGAACGUCUGACAUUGCCUCACCGCUGCAGCCGGUAUUCUGACAACGCUGCCGACGUGUUACCCACAUCUACUGCAGAGACGAAACUUUGGGUACUUGGCUGGAGUCUGGAAGCGGGAGUCGAAGCCAGCGUCUAUGGAUUACGAGAAGACGCCGCCUGAUGAGUUCCUUGGAGAGCUCGCUCGUUCCUAAAUAGGAAUUUGAUCGCAGGUAAGAGAAUAAAGCAUAAUAUAUAUUCAGUCAAUUGUUUUUCAGAGCUCUCAGGCACCCAGUGUUGGCCGAACCUGCCGCGAUGCGUUCCGAGAAAUCGCUGCGAAGGCAACCAUGUCGGAAAAGUCGCAAAGGCCGGGUUCCAGUCAGACGCCUUUUUGAGGAUGAGCAAUGAAGUCGGAUGUGGUUCGUUCUAAGAGGCAUGUUUUUUUUAAUCAAGUUUUCAGAUUCAAAAUGGAUCUUCUUGCUGUGGAAGCUACGGUGGCGAGCUGGCCGGGAGGAAUCACUGACGUCGACAGAGGCGCCUUUGAAAAGACUGCUUGCGGAGGAUUUUCAGCUCGCUCAUUCUUUAAAAAGGAAUUUGAACGCAGGUACUUGAAUAUCAUAGUUGUUUCAGACAAAUUUUUUUUCAGAGCGUUGGUUCUCAUGCUGGAGCCCUAGACGAAAGCGACCACAACGCAAUCGUCUUCGAAGAGACGCCGCCUGA